AAAACUAACGUCACGUGCGCUGUGUCAAUAACUCUGCUAGCGUGCGCUAGGAAAAUCGUUCUCUGUCGCUAUAACAAGUUUUGACGAGAGCAUCUGGGAAACAGACUGAUUUGCGCAAUGGUCGAUGAACAAGUGACACCUCAAGACAUCAGUGACGUGUCUAACAUAAACAUAAUACAAGCGAAGUGGCCACAACUGGCAGAUACUCUUGACAAUGUUACGUUUGAUACGGGGAAAAUAGCUGUUAUUACUACAGACUCUUCUAUGCCGUUCAUGCAAUUAAAGUCAAUGUUUGAGAUCUGGCUAAGCAAACAUGCAAGUGAAGCUACUCGACGAAUACUGAUCAAAGCUCUGAUUAAAUGCGGCUGGACUCGUGAGGCUCGAAGUAUAUUUGGCGAUAUGGUGACACUCGCAGAUAAACCGCCUGAUCACGUGACAUCAGAAGAUUCUGUUCCCGCUAGUAGUACCAGUGAUCAGAAAACUAUGGUGGCAGCUAAACCCAUUUCGCCUACAGGUGAGCAUUGAUUUCAUUGCCACUGCACUGCAUGGCUAUUGCACGCCUCCUUGAAAAC